AUGCCAGCUCCUGUAAAGGCAACAACAACCAGAUCAUUGCCUAUCGACCAGUCUAUACUCCUCUAUGGUGCGGUCCUUGUUUCCGCCAGCGUCACAAUACCAUUCUGGUUGUACACCGACUCUAUGUGGGCGAGCUUUACGCCCAAGCUGAACGCGGGGGGUGGUCCAACCCAGGAAGACAAAGAGAUCGAAUGCUUCUUAGCCGCUGUUGAGGAGGCCGAGAGUCACAAUGCGAGACUACACAGUGCAAGGAGGGGGCAACAUCAUGGGGACAGCGAUGAAGAUGAGUACGGAAGCGACUCAGAGGACAAUGAUGAUGAUGUUGACGAGUCCGACAACGAGACCGAAGGGGGCUCGACUUUGAACAUCACAAGCUGCGGGCCGCGGAAUUGCAUUGAACUCGACGAUGAGAGCAGUGGCAGCGACAGUGAAGGGUCACCAGCUCGCAUGCUCUUGCAUUAA